AUGCUAAGCUCGAGAAGGAAAAUUUGGGACGAUAUAUUCGAGAAGUUGGCCAAGGUUGACGAGGAAAACAGGAAAAAUAACACACCUACCAUGCAUGCGGAGGACGCGAAGCCUUUCUCCCUCACUAUCUUGGAGGAUGGGCCACUGACAAACACUGAGGGUGAGAACGACAUCACUGUAUUCCCCCCAAGUUAUCAACGCGUCCAGUGGACUGAUGGCCAACAAUUGAGUGCCACCCGGCCCUCUCCGUCACGAAGGGAUGACCGAGUCGUUUGGAGCGCUGAUAUUCCUGUGCAUGACCCAUAUAAGCUCGGUGACCGUCAGCUUUAG